CAGCACGUGAUGAUAGUAUCCCGGCUCCACCGAAAAAUUUCCCCGGUCUUCAAUUUGAAUUAGAGAAGAACUGGCACUUGCUCCAGCAGACACCACCGCCAGAGCCUGUGUCGUCUGUCCUGUUCCCGUACGGUCGGGACUGAAGACAAUUUAUUGUUUGAUUGCAUUGACCAGGUUCUGGAACGGACUGCUGGGAGGUGUUACUCACAACUGGUGCCGCAACCAGUGCUUUGCGAUAUCGCGACUCGUUUUUCUUUUCUCUUUCGAACCCUAUAUUCAACCGACACCAUAGACCACCAGCAUGGCUCCCUCUGCCACAGACACAGAGUGGACCGUCGGGUUCGAUACUCUGCGUCGUGAGCGCCUCUUCAGACACCCCCCAAAGGACAAGACGGCAUUUCCUUCUCUGGCCGCAGCCAUCCGACCGCAUGUCGAUUCUUUCAAUGCGCUCUUCGAAGGCACCAAGACCCUGGAGGCUGCAUUGAAGGAUAUUGGCACAAAAACCUUCCUAGACGGCUUCCCGGAGACCGCUGAGCAGCGAAAGGUCCGGCUGGCAGAGGGCAGAAAGGCCCCAAAGCGGAACCGUCUCAAUGUUCGCGUCAAGGAAGUGUUUUUGGAAAAGGCUGUGCUGCCUCCCUCGAACAAAUUCACGACCCGUAACCGAAACAUCUAUCCAGCGGAAUGCCGUGAGAGACAUGCUACCUAUCGAGGCAAGCUGCGCGCAAGGCUCGAAUACCAGGUCAACAAUGGCGACUGGCAGGAGAGCAUCCGGGAAUUGGGUCAGGUUCCCAUCAUGCUGAGGAGCAAUCGCUGCCACCUCGAGAAUGCGACUCCGCAAGAAUUGGUUGAUCAUAAGGAAGAAUCGGAAGAACUGGGCGGUUAUUUCAUCGUCAAUGGUAACGAAAAGCUGAUUCGAAUGCUGAUCGUCUCCAAACGCAACUACCCCCUGGCUAUCAUCAGAAACUCGUUCGUGAAGCGUGGUCACACAUACACCAAAUUCGGUAUUCAGAUCCGAUCGGUCAGACCCGACCAGACCUCGCAGACCAACGUCCUCCACUAUCUGAGCGACGGAAACGUAACCUUCCGUUUCUCGUGGCGCAAAAAUGAGUACCUCGUGCCGGUCAUGAUGAUUCUAAAGGCUCUUGUCGAGACCAACGAUCGCGAGAUUUUUGAGGGUAUCGUCGGAGGCUCCAAUUCCAAGGGCAUCAACAACACCUUCGUGACGGACCGUGUGGAAUUGCUGCUGAGAACGUAUAAGGGAUACAAUCUGCACAGCCGAUCGGCUGUCCGUUCUUACUUGGGUGAGAAGUUCAGACCAGUCCUUGGUGUCCCAGAAGAUAUAUCGAAUGAGGACGUCGGAACUGAAUUCUUGCGCAAGGUUGUCCUGCCCCAUCUGGGUAACCAGAAUGUCACCGAGGCCCAGGACCACGACAAAUUCAAGAUGGUUAUGUUCAUGAUCCGGAAACUCUACGCGCUGGUUGCUGGUGACUGUGCCAUGGACAACCCCGAUGCCAUCUCCAACCAGGAAAUCUUGCUGGGAGGAUUCUUGUACGGAAUGAUCCUCAAGGAGAGAAUCGAGGAGUGGCUCAGGUCUCUCGGUCCUAUUGCAAGAGAUUGGUGUAUGCGGAACAACGGCGCAAAGUUCACUGACCCGGCGUUCGAGAGGGAUUUCCUCUCAAAGAUUGUGAAACGCUCCAACGAGAACAUUGGAGGCGCUCUGGAGUAUUUCCUGUCGACGGGUAACCUCGUGAGUCCGACUGGUCUGGAUAUGCAACAGGCUUCGGGUUAUACGGUUAUGGCAGAGAAGAUCAACUUCUACCGUUUCAUCAGUCAUUUCCGCAUGAUCCACAGAGGUAGUUUCUUCGCACAGCUCAAGACUACAACCGUCAGAAAGCUAUUGCCCGAGAGUUGGGGUUUCUUGUGCCCUGUUCAUACCCCCGAUGGUUCGCCCUGUGGUCUGUUGAAUCAUCUUGCGCACAAGUGCCUUGUCGCAACCGAUAAUCUUGAGGUGUCACACUUGCCCAGAGUACUCGUCCAGCUUGGUGUGCGUUCUCAUUCAUCUGUCGCAGUCGAUGAAAGUGUCGUCGUGCAGUUGGACGGACGCAUUAUCGGUUACUGUUCGCCAGAGCAGGCUAAGAUGAUCGCCGAUACCCUGAGGUACUGGAAGGUGGAGGGUUCGCACAAUAUUCCCCGCGAGCUGGAAAUCGGUUAUGUUCCCAACUCGAACGGCGGUCAAUAUCCGGGUAUCUACAUGUUCUCCCAGGCGGCAAGAAUGUUCCGUGAGGUCAAGUAUCUGCCCCUGGAGAAGCUCGACUAUGUCGGACCCUUUGAACAGCCAUUCAUGGAGAUUGCAUGCCUCAAGGAAGAUAUCAUUUCCGGUCUUUCCACUCAUAUCGAAUUCACUCCUACCAACAUCCUCUCUAUCGUGGCCAACAUGACGCCCUUCUCCGAUUACAACCAGUCUCCUCGAAACAUGUACCAGUGCCAGAUGAGCAAGCAGACUAUGGGUACUCCUGGAACUUCCAUUGCAUACCGCACAGACAACAAGCUCUACCGACUACAGACAGGUCAGACGCCUAUCGUGCGUCCCCCGCUCUACAAUGCCUACGGACUGGACAACUUCCCCAACGGCACAAACGCUGUUGUUGCUAUCAUUUCAUACACCGGUUACGACAUGGACGACGCAAUGAUCAUCAACAAGUCCUCUCACGAGCGUGGGUUCGGUUACGGUACGGUAUACAAGACCAAGAUCCAUUCUCUGGAUGAGAAGGACUCUCGACGAGGAAAGUCAAGACGCGAAGUAACCAAGCUAUUUGGCUUCGCUCCUGGCGACCUGAUCAAAGCGGAGUGGCGAAAGACCCUCGAUGAAGACGGUUUCCCACACAUUGGUGCUCACGUCAAGGAGGGCGAUUAUAUUGCGGCGUGGCAUAACGUCCGGUAUGAUGCUGCAUCAGACUCGUACAUAAAUGUUGACGGUCAGACGCACUUCAUGAAGUUCAAGGACGCCGAAGCGGGCUACAUUGACAGCGUCCGCAUCAUGGGUGCCGAAAGUGGAACUGAGCCUUGCCAGUCCAUCAGUGUGAAGUACCGCAUUCCCAGAAAGCCUAUUAUCGGUGACAAGUUCUCCUCCCGUCACGGACAGAAGGGUGUCUGCUCUCAACUGUGGCCCGCUAUCGAUAUGCCUUUCUCUGAGAGCGGUAUCCAGCCUGAUCUCAUCAUCAACCCUCACGCUUUCCCAUCUCGUAUGACAAUCGCCCAGAUGAUCGAGUCCAUGGCUGGCAAGGCCGGCGCCCUGCACGGUCAUCCCCAGGACUCGACACCUUUCCAGUUCUCCGAAGAGAACACGGCGGCCGACUACUUCGGCCACCAGCUCCGCAAAGCAGGUUACAACUACCACGGAAACGAGCCCAUGUACAGUGGAAUCACAGGUCGCGAAUUCGCCGCGGACAUCUACCUGGGUGUCGUCCACUACCAGCGUCUGCGACACAUGGUGAACGACAAGUUCCAAGUCCGUACCACCGGUCCCGUCAACGGCAUCACCGGCCAGCCCGUCAAGGGUCGUGCCAAGGGAGGUGGUAUCCGUGUCGGAGAGAUGGAGCGUGACUCCCUCCUCGCCCACGGCGCUGCAUUCCUUCUUCAAGACCGUCUGAUGAACUGCUCUGACACUCAACGCGCCUGGAUCUGUCGCUCUUGCGGCUCUUUCCUCUCCGCCCAAGUCGCCGUCGCUAACGUCGGCUCCAACAAGGGCCGCAACCCCGGCGCCGCCGCUGCGGCCGUCAACGCUGCUCCCAACCAGCCCACUUCCACCGCGGGUGUCGGUGCCGUUGGCGGCGUGGCCGGCAUCGUCCGCUGCAGACGCUGUGCGCGCGAAGCAGUCUUUGAGGACUCCCGCGCCGAUAUCUGGGAGGAUGGCAACGGCAAACGCUUCGUUGGCGGAGAUAACGUUACGGUGGUCGCGGUUCCCGGUGUUCUUCGCUACUUGGACGUCGAGCUGGCUGCUAUGGGCAUUCGGAUGAAGUUCUGGGUGGAGAAUUAACCUUAAAAUAAAAAGAGAAAAGGCCAGGAGGCCACAUAGAAGAAGAAAGGGAAAAAAAAGAUUAUAUUCAAUCACGCAUGAUAAGAUAAGAUGGUCCCCCAAAAGAGCAUAUUGGAAAGGUGUUUUGCAAGUCCUGAUUUUUUCUGUCUUGCGUCCUGUGUGUAAGGAAAGUGUUUAUUUGUAUCUAGAUAUCUAUUCGAUCUUGCCAGAGCAGCAAAAUCCCUCUAUUCUAGUUUAAGAAAG